GCGUGUUUGUAAAAGAUUUGGAAUUUUGGAGGCGAGAGUCAGGGGUGGGGCUUCAUUUCCGCAGUGACUCACCAAACCCAUCUCUCUCUGUCUCUGCAUUUCUUCGCAUUUUCUUUUCUGUUAUUGACUUGCUAUUCUAAUUCGGAAGAGUUAGAAGCGUACGUUACGGUAGAAAUGCAGAGGCCUCAAGAUCAACGGUCAAGAUCCACUGCUAGACCCGCCACCAUUCAUGGCUGCGCUCAGUACGGGAAUCUUCUUGGGUUGCAGAACCUCCUCCGAGAAAAUCCGUAUCUUCUCAAUGAGAGGAAUGCAGUUAUGGGACAGACUCCACUUCAUGUUUCUUCUGGUCACAACAAGAAUGAGAUAGUUAAAUUUCUGCUUGAUUGGGAAGGAGCAGAAAAGGUUGAAUUAGAAGCCAAGAAUAUGUAUGGAGAAACUCCUUUGCACAUGGCAGCGAAAAAUGGUUGCAAUGAAGCUGCAAGGUUACUUCUUGCUCAUGGUGCUUUUAUUGAAGCGAAAACAAAUAAUGGAAUGACACCAUUACACCUUGCUGUUUGGUAUUCUAUCCGAUCUGAUGAUUGCUCAACAGUCGAGACAUUGCUUGCGUAUAAUGCUGAUGGCAGUGCUAAGGAUGAGGAGGGCAAGACUCCUCUGGGACAUCUCUCAAAGGGCCCUGGGAGUGAGAAGUUGCGUGAACUAUUGCACCGGCAUCUUGAAGAGCAGAGGAAAAAAAGAGCCCUUGAAGCGUGCAGUGAAACAAAAACCAAGAUGGAAGAACUUGAAAGUGCAUUGUCUAGUAUAGUGGGCCUGCAUGACCUCAAGAUUCAACUACAGAAAUGGGCGAAGGGUAUGCUUUUAGAUGAGAGGCGCAGGGCGCUUGGGCUGCAGGUUGGCUUGAGAAGACCACCUCAUAUGGCCUUCCUCGGCAAUCCGGGAACUGGUAAGACAAUGGUAGCUCGAGUGCUUGGAAAGUUACUCCAUAUGGUAGGAAUUCUGCCUACAGACCGGGUAACGGAGGUGCAGCGGACAGAUUUGGUUGGUGAAUUUGUUGGUCAUACUGGCCCAAAGACUAGAAGAAAGAUCAAAGAAGCAGAGGGAGGGAUUCUUUUUGUGGAUGAAGCAUAUCGAUUAAUACCAAUGCAGAAAGCAGAUGACAAGGAUUAUGGCAUAGAAGCCUUAGAAGAGAUCAUGUCUGUUAUGGACGGAGGAAAAGUAGUCGUCAUAUUUGCUGGCUACAGUGAACCAAUGAAACGCGUAAUUGCUUCUAAUGAAGGUUUUUGCAGAAGGGUGACUAAGUUUUUCCACUUCAGUGACUUCAAUCCCGAAGAUCUUUCCAAGAUUCUCCAUAUGAAGAUGAACCAGCAGACAGGGGAUAGUUUACUGUAUGGAUUUAAGUUACAUUCUUCAUGCACUGUAGAAGUCAUUGCGGCACUCAUAGAGAGAGAAACUACCGAAAAGCAACGUAGGGAGAUGAAUGGAGGUUUAGUAGAUCCAAUGCUUGUUAAUGCCAGAGAGAACUUGGAUCUCAGGCUCAGCUUUGACUGUAUAGACACAGAUGAGCUACGUACUAUCACAUUGGAAGAUUUAGAAGCAGGCCUAAGGCUGUUAACCCAGCUGUAGACUCGUAGCGGCUCCGAUUCUGUCAAUCGGUGAGUUGGGUUUUUCCAAGAUUUUUCUUGUACAUCUCCUGAUUGUAAUUCAUAAUUCUUUUGACAUUGUUGCGAUAUGAUCAUCCUGUAAUUUUCUAUCAAUUUUUUUUCUUCUUUUUUUCAUGUUUCUUUGUACUCGUACCUGGCCAAGAUAACAAUUUUAGGCUACGCUAAAGUAAUAGCCUUCAAGAACA